AAUUUUAAGUCAUCAACUCGUAAUUAUGGUGCAGGAUAGUACGGAUACACCGGUUGUUUGCAACAAUUUCUAUGUUUCCGGUGCUCCACCCACUGACGCUGCCACCACCAUUUCUUUUCUUUUAGCCCAAGCGAAGAGAGAGAGAGAGAGAGAGAGAGAGAGUGGUGCGCUCUCACGCAACUGCUUCAGAGCGAAGCGCUUCUCCUUCCCCCGCCGCAGAAGCGCUUCCACGGCUUCGCCUUCGCCAUGGAUCGCCUCGUCCCACGGUGGAGACCCCAAUCACAGCAGCAGCAGCAGCAGCAGCAGCAGCAACAACAACAGUUCCAGGAAGAAGAAGAAGAAGAAGGAGAGGUGCGAUCGAAGCAAACCCUAAUUAAUGGCGAGAACGGUCGAAGAGGGGAGGGAGAGGAGGCGAGCGCGGCUCCGAAGCCGUUCAUGGGGGUGAAGGCGCGGCGGAGAGCUUCGAUUCGGCGCGAUCGCGGGGGAGAUUACCUCGACGUCGAAUCCAAUCCCUCCCUCUCCCGCAUUUUAUCGAAAAAAGGUGACCAAACUUGCCGACAAGGUUCUGAAGUUCACUGGAUCGGGAAAGAUCAAGACUCGUAUGUUGCUGAUCACAGAUCACGCCAUACAUCUCAUCGAUCCAGAUGCAAAUGUGCUAAAGAGGAGAAUAGCACUCGCGGCGGUUGAUAGGAUGUGCUUGAGCAAGCUGAAUGAUAACUUUUUCGCGUUCAUUGUUCCGACGGAGUACGACUGCCUUAUGGCCAGCACCAGGAAAACAGAGAUUGUAACUGUUCUAGUUGAGGCCACCAAGGGCAAAUCUACGUAUGAAAUCGGAGUUGUUUUCUCGAACAGAUUUCAAUACCAUCCUGCUGCGGAUACAGUGAAAGAAGUUCAGUUCGAACAAAUUGAAGUUGCUGCAGGAGGCAUCAAAACUAGGAUUUUGAACAAAACAAAACGAUGAAGUGUAGAUUCAAGUAUCAAAAUUAUCCAGCAAAGGGUUUGGCUCCAUUCUCUUGUUUCCUUUUCGCGAUCCAUCUUUCUCUUCUGGUUUGCAUCAUGUCGCGACAUCCUCUUCCUGUCGUUUUCCGUAUGUUGUAACUGUAAAUCCAUUGACAUUGUACAUUCCUUGUAGUGAUCAUAGUCAUGGUUGUUUCCUACGCUGGGCAUGUAGACAUUUUCCAUUUAAGUAGAAUUACUUAGCCUCUGCAAUUGCGACUCAGUUGAAUGCACGAUUCGCCGCCAACGGUGCGGCAGAUGAACUUUGUACAGGGGUUUCACAUUGCUCAAUCUAUUGGCGGAAACUGUACAAACUCGUCUCGGACUAAAAGGACUACAUGAAAAGGUGCAGGUUGUGUCUGCGAAACGGUUAAUUUGCUAACAAAUGGCUAACAGAUAUAACGAGUUAUAUGUAUUUCAUAUACCCUCAAAUUUAAUUAACUCUCUUGCAAAUCAUAAAUUUGCCUA